AUGCGCUCCUUCCAUCACAUUCUGGAUAAAGUCUUGGAUUCUGACACACCCGUACAAUUGUCAAUUUUUGGGGGAGAGUCAGAAUCCCGUGUGUGUCAAGACCCUGAUUUGGAUGUUCACCUGAGAAAGCUUGGGUAUUCAUUGGCACUUCCGGCCAUUCUUACCCACGUCAAAGAUUUGCACGUCUUCUGUAAAACCCUCUUCUUGAGUGGUGUGGUAACGAAAGAGGAACUUGACAAGUUUUUCCCCACCAGUCGACAGAAGGUGGCGUGUUUUCUCAUGAGUAAGGACGAGAAAGCCGUGUUCAAUUGUCUGGCUAAUCCAACCUUGACGGCAAAGGCAGAGAGCAUGAAAAAGAAAGCUUACAACUAUGUGGUAAACGUUGUGUUAGACCCUCCACAAAGACCACCAGACCCAAGCAGUGUGGGGAGGUACGCUCUGAUCGGUCUGGCCUCGGUCGGUGUGGGAAUAGCUGCCAUUGUGUCCGCACCGUUUGCGAUAGCAGCUGCUGGCUUUGGCAGUGGUGGGAUUGUCGCUGGCUCAUUUGCCGCCUGGUUCAUGUCCACGUAUGGCGGUGCCGUCUCCGCCGGAAGCCUGUGCGCCCUGCUCCAGUCAGCUGGAGCAGCCGGACUGGCAGCAUCCACAACCGCCGGGAUCGGGGCCGCAGGCACUGGCGCUUCCUUCGGUAUUCUGUCCGGAAUUUUGGCGAUUAUCAAAAAGUUUAAGAAGAAAAGCGAAAGCCAGGGGUUUAGGGAUAACCUGUGA